AUGUUUGAAGAUUCUAAUGCCUCUUUUGUAAUAAUUUUUUGGUUAACAAUUGAUAAUUCAUAUUCUGGCUCAGACUCGACUGUUGAUGUGACAAUUGAAAAGUUUGUUCGUAAAGUUCUGGAGAACCAUUUUAAAAACGACAAACAAUAUAAAGAAAGAGAAGAGUGGGAGCAGAUUUGGUAUAAAUUAAGAACUAUAUCUUUAGAACUAUUUAGAACUAUUAGAGGGAAUUCAAUUAGACGAAUAAAAUCAAAAUUAUUUCAGACAUUCCCAAAUUUAGAACAAAUUAACAAUGAUGCAUCAGUUAGUCAAAUAUUAGAAUGGAAAGGUAAAGACUCAACAAAAAUAGUCCUUGAAUCUUUAUGUCAAGUUGAAGAUGAUAAUAGAACAUUUUUGGAAAAUAUACAAAAGAUGCUUUUCUGGUGA